CCAUGCCGGGCGACCACCGCCGCAUCCGCGGGCCCGAGGAGUCGCAGCCGCCGCAGCUGUACGCAGCCGCCGAGGACGAGGCGCCCGCCGCCCGCGACCCGACGCGCCUGCGGCCCGUGUACGCGCGCGCGGGGCUGCUGAGCCAGGCCAAGGGCUCGGCCUACCUGGAGGCGGGGGGCACCAAGGUGCUGUGCGCCGUCUCGGGCCCGCGCCAGGCCGAGGGCAGCGAGCGCGGGGGCGGCCCGGCGGGGGCGGGCGGCGAGGCCCCCGCCGCCCUGCGCGGCCGCCUGCUCUGCGACUUCCGCCGCGCGCCCUUCUCGGGCCGGCGGCGCCGCGCACCCCCGGGCGGCGGCGAGGAGCGCGAGCUGGCGCUGGCGCUGCAGGAGGCGCUGGAGCCCGCCGUGCGCCUGGGCCGGUACCCGCGCGCGCAGCUCGAGGUGUCGGCGCUGCUGCUCGAGGACGGCGGCUCGGCCCUGGCCGCCGCGCUCACGGCCGCCGCGCUCGCCCUGGCCGACGCGGGCGUGGAGAUGUACGACCUGGUGGUGGGCUGCGGCCUGAGCCGCGCGCCGGGGCCCGCGCCCACCUGGCUGCUCGACCCCACGCGGCUGGAGGAGGAGCGCGCCGCCGCCGGCCUCACCGUGGCGCUCAUGCCGGUGCUCAACCAGGUGGCCGGGCUGCUGGGCAGCGGGGAGGGCGGCCCGACCGAGAGCUGGGCCGAGGCGGUGCGCCUGGGCCUCGAGGGCUGCCAGCGCCUCUACCCGGUGCUGCAGCAGUGCUUGGUGCGGGCCGCCCGCCGGAGGGGCGCCGCCGCCCCUUCCUGACCCCCGAGCCUGAGAGACUGGCCGCCGCCGACCCCCAGCUGCAGCCCUCUCCGAAAGGACCCGCGCCGUCGGCCUCCACACUGCACCCAGCCGAGCGCGCAGGGCUCGCCAGAGCAUCCGCGGAAGCUAUGGAAGGGAUGCUCUGGACAGUGUGUUUAAACGAAUUUUCACAGACUGUUCCAUGAAAGAAGUUUUCUGCUUGAACUGGUUCCCAGCCACGACCCAGCUGGAAGAAACCUGACUCGAAGUUGGAAAGAACGGCAGCUCCACUUAACUGGAAAACGGAACCUGGACUUACUGUCUUGUAGGGAUGGACCCUGUGCAGGCCAGUCAGGGACUCCUGUGUAACUGCACUGCUUUUGAGAGAAAGGACAGAGGGCUGUGCCUUCUCAUUUUUAUCUGAGUUAGAACAUAACAAAAACCCCUUUUACAUCUGAAAAGCCUUCUGUCGUGCUUCUUCACUGGUCCAGGAGGUAAAGAAGGUUUUGCAUAUUUCCACUCUGGUGUCUGGUGUCGAGGACUUGGGGCCAGUUGGUGUAGGGAAAUGUGAUUUGGAGGAGAAGCAGCCUGUCAGGUACAGAGUUGCGGCCACCGCUGAGGUGUGACUGAGUGGGGAGAGUUUCAUGGCUCCAGGAGGACUCUGGGGGUGUCCCCUAACCCCUGAUUUAGUGCUGGGCACGACCACAGCUCAGAGUUGAGUAGCUGGAAAGGGUUUGGUUCUGGGUGAAAUGCAGACCCAUCCUUCCCUACCCACGUGCAGAGCAGCACAGCCAGAGGCCUCCCUGUUUGCUGGUAAGGGGGGGGGGGGCACGCAGGUUUCAUUAUCUGAUGCCCCUUGUCCAGACUUGGUUCCAGCAGGAGGGCAGAUAAACUGCCAGGAGUGAAAUGCUGGAUGCUGGGAAAGCAGAUGGGCCUCAGAGCAGAGCUGGCCUGACAGACCCCAAGGCUGUGUUCUUCCCUUGGUGGCUUUUGAACCCAGUGGGUUUGUGCUCAGGUAUGGAGGAAGGGCAGCCCUUUCUGCACCCCAGGAGGGUGUGAGUUUCUCUAAAUUAGGUGUUUCAGGGGCCUGCUCAGCCUGGGCAGCCCAAGCAGCAGAAUGAGACCAGAGACCACACCAAGAACCCCUGACCAGGGAAAUAUACAAGUUUUAUUUUCCCCCUCCUGACAAUACAUCUUUCCAGAGCAGAUCUGAUGGAAACAAGACAUAACACCCCUGUUUUGUAGGGUGAUGGGAAAAAGUGUACUCAGAAGGACUGUGGGACACACACCAGGCACCUUAAAGCUCAGUUUCAGACUGGAAGGGGGACUGCAGGAACUUGGGUGUUUCCUGAGCACCGAUGUGGCUGCAGGAAGCUGUGUGGGUGGGCUUACUCUCCACCUAGACUGAAGACUGGCAGGACCCAGGAGGGGACAAGACCAGCUGAAACAGCUGCCGGCCUGCAGGGGGCUGAGGGUGCUCUCGGAAGCCCUGUGCAGCCGCUCCUUGCACGACUGGGCCUCAGCUGCUGAGGCUGGUCAGCUGGUGCCAGCCCCCAGACCACCAUCUGGAAAAGGACCUCCAGGACACUGGCCACUCUGGGGAGGCUCCCCAGCUGGUCAGGCUGAACUGUUCUACUACUUCUGUGGCCCUCUAGAAAGGUGCCUCUAGUUGCAAGGGUACUUCUGGGAGGCCUUUAGAAAAACCCCACAGGUGAGGAAGGGAGCCACUCUGGAAGAUGCUGGAAGCUAAGAGCCUGGAAAGGUGCCAGCUUCCUACUGGCUGUCUUGCUUCUCUGAUGUGUGAUUCUUCACCUGUAGGAAAUACAUCAUCUAACAUCUCCCAGUCUCCCUGAAUUCCCCACCUCCUUUCUUGGCAACUUGGGCAGCUCAGUGCUACUCUAGAUUUUUCCUGAGACGCAGAACCCAGAACCACCAGGUUCCAGUGCAGAUGUGGCUCAGACCUGGGCAACAGUGACAGCCCUCUGGAACCCAGGUGCUGAAGGGAAGAUCUGUGUGGGUGAAGGGGAAUAGGGUUCUGUACUGUCAACCCCCGGUAGCCUGGAAUUGCUGAGAUGGCCUAAACAGCAGUGGGAGCAAGACUCCCUUCGGGACACCAAUCUGGGAGGAGGGUAUCAUACGUGUAUGGAUAUUCUCCAUCCAGAAAGGCCAUGUACCAAUACUUCCUUGAGGAGCAUGGCCCAGUGCAGACAGCCAAAGACCCUGGGCAGUAGGGGAGGCAGGAGAAGGGCAAAAAUCUGACUUUUAACAGGUUUGGCAGGUGGUUUCUGGGCAAGGGGUCUGGCAUGAAGCCUACUGUGACAUUCCUUCGACAAUGCUCAAACCCCACCCCCUUCCAGAAGGAGAUGGUGUUUCAACCCAGAAUGGUCCAGCUGAGCUGUUAAGCUUGGGAAGUGCCCAAGUUGUCAUCUAGGCAUUUCCAUGGUGGAAAUCAUGCAUCCCCCCACCCCACCAAUAUGGCUCCUGCACAAAUCUGAGUCCCUCCCUUACCCACAGGAAAGCCACAAGGACCCAAACACUAGGAGGGUGAGAAUGGGGAAGGUGCCAGGUCACUCACUGCCUUCGGGUCUGUGCUCUCCUCCCAGCUGUACACCUCUGCACAGGCCCUCUGGCCCCUGAGCUGCUUCUGGGAUUCGGUGGUUCUGCAUGAAGAAGCUGCACUCCCAGGAGCCCAGUUCCCGUCACUGUCCUCUGUCCCUGUGCAGUGAGAGUCACGGUCGAUGGCUGGGCUUGGAGGGCCCUGCUGACUCCAGAACAGGCCCUUAAUGCCCAACACUGAUCAGGGGUGUCUAGGGCUUGAGGGAAUAAGACAAGGUGGGCUGGGACUGCCCCGGCUCCAGAUAACUAUUGUAGGUGGGGGCUAGGCCAACCCAGAAGGCAUGAGUGUCCUCAAGUCACUGGAACAGCCAGAGGGAGCAGGAGGAAGGGCACGCCUGUGCAGGGCAGACUGCAAACUUCCCUCAGCAGUGGGGAAGUUGAAGCCUGUUGUGAGGAGGCCCUUCAGGGGUGUCUGACCUGGAGGCUGGGCCCUCUGCCGGUCCAUGCACUCCAGACUCUGCAACAGGCCGUCCACUUGGGCUUUGAUCUGGCUCAGUUCCCCCACGAUGGAAUGCAGCUCCCUAGUCCGAACUGUUAGGAUGGAUCAGAGGACAGAAUUGGUGAUGGGUCCAGCAGGACAGAUUACAGUGCCGCCAGGGCUCCCUGGCUGCAGUGAAGGCUGGGCCUCCUCACUCACACUUGAUCUGCUCCGGAGGCAGGUGGCUAUUCCUGGGAAUCUUGUGGGGACUAAAGCUGCCCUUGACUCCCAUGCUCACAUGGGUCCUCCGCAUCUUGACAGGCACACGGUUGAUGAGUGGAGGGAUCCUCUGGUAUUUAUACACCCUAGAGGGACAGGAUAGAGGGAGUCAGGCCAACCAGCCCCACCUGUGUGCCCAAAGGAAGGCAGGGGCAAGAACUACCCACCUGUACGAGACAUCGUCCCUGCGCAGCUCGUAGUCCAGAUCAUAGUUUUUGCUGCUGUGAAGGAGAGACAUGGGGAAGAGGUCACCACUGGGGCCGGACACAGUCUAACUUGGAGAAACAUUUAAGAAGUUUUUCCUUAGAAUCCUGGGAUUCUCCACCAUAAGAGACCAUAGGCCUUGCUCAAGGUCACCUUGUGAGA